CUUUACUUUUUCGUUCCCAGUCACAAAAACUUGCGAUCCUCUGUCUGCUCGCUUAGGGAAUCAAGAGACCAUAUAUCUUUUACGUUCACUAUCUGGGGGCAGUUCAUACAGUAUAUAACAUCGACCCUCGGAAUUCAGGGCUCUCGAAAGUCGACGACCUGCAAUCACAAACACCAGACCGCACCCCCCACCAUGGACCUCGGCACAAUCGCAGCCUCCUCCGCCGGAGCCCUCUGCUCCCGCCUCAUAAUGCACCCCCUCGACACCCUCCGUAUCCGCACCCAAACCUCCCUCCCAAUCUUCCCCCUCGGCCCCCUUCCCUCCCUCUACCGCGGCCUCCCAAUAACCCUCAUCUCCGUCCCCGCCCUCUCCCUCUACCUCUCCACCUACCGCGAAGCAAAAACCCAACUAGAAAACCGAGGCUGGGGAGACGGAAGUGCGACGUAUUUGAUGAGUGGGACCGCGGCGGAGGUGGUGAGCAGUUUCGUGUGGACGCCGAUGGAGAAUGCGAAAGCCCGGAUGCAGAUUGGGGAGAGUGGGGGUGGUACGCUGGAGGUUCUUCGUGGGAUGUGGGAACGUGAGGGGCUUAAAGCGUUUUUUCGGGGGUAUUGGGUCGGUCUCGUCGUUUUUGUUCCGCAAAACGCGUUGUAUUGGGUGUCGUACGAGAAUUUCAAGAAGCGGUAUCGACGAUCGGCGGCACCGGUGGGAACCCCAGAACCGGGGCAUGAGCAUCCCGAGUUUGAGGAAAAGGGGGGUGGGGAGGGUGAGAGGGAACACACUUUUGCGUCUUAUGGGGCUUGUUCCGCCGCUGCGACCGCGGUGGCGUGUACAGCCUCCAACCUCCUCGACGUCGUCAAAACCCGGUACCAAGUCUCCACGUCCUCACAUGCUAGUUUUGCCUCCCAAGCUGGAUCGGGGGGAGGAGGGCGGAUAGGUGUGUGGGAUGUUGUGAGGCAGUUGUGGGGGGAGGCGAGGUGGGGGAUGUGUUGGAAGGGGUUGGCGCCGAGGUUGGCGUAUACUGUUCCGGGGAGUUUGAUUAGUAUGGCUGUGUUUGAGAGUUUGAAGCCGGAUGUUAAGGAGGGGGAGGGUGCUUUUGAGGCAUCAUGAACUUGAGGGAUAGAUGAGGUGAAAGACGGGCAGAGGUGUAGACGCGGGAUGGUACGAUAUAUGACAUAGAUGGGACAUUUGCAUGGAUAAUGCGUAAUUGGCUUGUUCCCCAC